GAAGAAGCUCGUUUGUGGCGUUUGACAUUAGCUGAAAUGGGAAGCUAACAGCGGGCGAGAAGUUUUCUGCUUGCACUGUAAUUAAGUCAAGCUGCGGAUAUUUAUUAAGUCAUGGAAGACCAAGUGAAGUAGCAGGUUGCGGAUUUUAUCGACACUACAGCACUGUGUUGACCUCUGUCUGGGCUGCCUGCUGUUGUUUCUAGCGGGGCUGCAGCAGGUGGAAGCAGCCGCCGCCGCGGAGAUGGCAAACUUGAACUGGAAGCCGUUCAUCUACGGAGGGAUGGCCUCGAUUGUCGCAGAAUUUGGGACAUUUCCCAUUGACCUGACUAAAACCAGACUACAGGUCCAGGGUCAGUCUCAGUACACGGAGGUGCGUUACAGGGGCAUGUUUCAUGCCCUCUUCAGGAUUGGCAAAGAGGAGGGCAUCCGAGCGCUCUAUUCUGGGAUUUCUCCUGCUCUGUUGAGACAGGCAUCUUAUGGGACAAUCAAGAUAGGAACCUACAACUCUCUGAAGAGGCUGUUUGUCAGUCACCCAGAAGAUGAGACCAUGGUCAUCAACGUCUUCUGUGGUGUCGUGUCUGGAGUCCUGUCCUCUUCUCUGGCCAACCCCACCGAUGUCCUCAAGAUCAGAAUGCAGGCGCAGGGCAGCCUGCUCCAAGGCAGCAUGAUGUCCAACUUCAUCAACAUCUACCAGACAGAGGGCACCAGAGGGCUUUGGAGAGGUGUCAUCCCCACAGCACAGCGGGCAGCCAUCGUCGUCGGAGUGGAACUUCCUGUCUAUGACAUAACGAAGAAGCACCUGCUUCGCUCUGGCCUCAUGGGAGACACCAUUUUGACACAUUUCAUUUCAAGUUUCACGUGUGGCUUGGCGGGAGCGCUGGCCUCCAACCCCGUGGACGUGGUCCGGACCCGUAUGAUGAACCAGCGAGUUUUGUCGGGAAGCCCCAUGUACAAAGGAACACUGGACGGAGUGAUGCAGACGUGGAAGAACGAGGGCUUCUUCGCUCUCUAUAAGGGAUUCUGGCCGAACUGGCUGAGGCUGGGGCCCUGGAACAUUAUUUUCUUCAUCACCUUCGAGCAGCUGAAGAAGCUCCCGUUUUAAUGGGAACAGGAAGUGGGACUUCACUGGUCUGUUAAGACUGUGUCGGGCAUAAGUGGGGUGUGAGCACGGCAGCACCUGGAGUUUUGGCACCAGUAUAUUCACACUCCCUUCAAAUUCAUACCAAUGAUACAAUAUUAGUCAUCUGCCCAUGCUCAUCCAAAUCUUAUGUUGAUUUCUCUCUCUCUUUGCAAUGUGUUUUAUUUAUUGUCACUGGUUGUGUUCUCGUACUGUUUUAAGGACUGUUGCUUUGGUGACUACGCUCACCAACAGCCACCUCCGACACUCCCCAGGCAGCUAAAUAUUUGGUUGUAGCAGAAGACUGAAAGUUUGGAAGACUAGGUUCAUUUUCCUCGGGCUGAUUGGGUGAGUGGAACCUUGUGAACUUUGGCUUAUCUUAAAAAGACAAAGAGAGAGGACACUUGUGAUUGUUUGCUCAGGAAUCCUACACAGAAAAACAUGGGAAAUAAUUUUAAUAAUAAGCUUAGGAAUUGCAGAAUGUCAGGUCACACAUAUGCAGGUUGUGGAGUUGUUUUUUUUUUUUUUUUUUUUUUUUUAAAAAGAAGAUAAUGUUAAAUUUUAAACUGAAUGACAUGUAGGAACGCUGUAUUUUGAAUGCACAGGCACUGCAUGAAACAUGCUUGGAUUUUACUGCUGAAUGUUGAGGAACUGUUUGGAAGAGUGGUUCAAAUAGGAAAUCAGCUGUUACUGUUAGUUACUGUACUGUGAGAGAGAGCCGGAGUAAGACACUGACAGAAAGUAGGAAAUGAACAGGUCAUUAGUGCUUAACGUCUGUAUGGAAAAUGAAACUCUGAGAUAUCUUGUGAUCUCUGGUACACUGAGGUGUUAAGAAAAGGUGUCGCACAGCAUCUGACGUGCAGUUUUUAAUCUUUAAAUGGGUCAGUUGCCAGAAAAUCACUCUGAAUUUUAAAGUUGAAGAAAAAAAUAGUCAGAACUUUUUUAUUUAUUAUUUUUUAGGAGAAGAAAUUUCCACAUAACACAAAUUCUAAACAUCUAAAGAAGACACUGAAGUUUUACUUGAAAAUAUCAGAAAUCUGAACCAAAGCCUCUCAUGACAAAAGGGAAACACUUUUACUCGUAUUCACAACCAAAAGGUCUUUUUUCCCUUUAUUUUAUUUAAUUUCAAGGAAAUACUCAAUCAAGAGCAAUCACUCCAAAUGAAUGUUUAUGUUUUUGCUGUAGAGACCUUUUUUUUUUUUUUUUGGCUUUGUUUUGUUCUCCUCCAGUCUGCUGCUGAUUCGGAAGCGAAGCUAAUGCCAUUAUUAACCCACAUGACAACAAUCCAUUUCAUACUGUAAAUCGCUGUACAGACUCAAUCACACAGAGAGGUGGAUGUAUUUUAUCCUGUCAUGUCCAGGUGCACAUAUGAUGCCUUGUUGCGCUAUUCUUACUGUUGUGUUCCUCCUGUUAGGUAAAGUCACGGCAUGAAAGGAGGCAGCUGGUGUGGACAGAAAGUGCAAAAUAGUUUGUUUGUGCCAAACUGGGUUUGAUUUUAUUUGCAGCUACUCUGAGUCCACAUAAAGUUUUGUUUUCAGAAGAAACUCGUAGCUGGAAACUGUCAGACGCUGUAGUUUGAAAUUGAAAACAUAUUUUAAAUUUGUGAAUAAUAUCUUUAAAUCAAAACAAAUGCAGUUUUAACAACUUCAAUUUUUAUUUAGUUUACGAGGAUCCACAAACAAUUUGUUUGACUUGUACAGAACAUGAGUGCAGUUUCCACGCCAGGUUUUUUUUAAUUAUAUUUAAUUAUUUUUUAGCAGUUUUGAUUUUUGUUUUUAAAGUUGAAGGUAUUUAUUUUCUGACGUGAUCAAAAGUUUCCCAUUGUGGCAGCAGUUUUGUGUGGCAUCAUAGCUUGUCAUCAGAUGGGUCUCCCGAAAUUAUCUUCAUCUUUCUUCUUUAUUUUGACUGCACAGACAUGCUGGACUCUAUGACUGAAGGACAUUAAAAAUACGAUUUAUAGCUUCAACAGAGCUGGUACUUCUACAUGUAUACUGCUGUAGGCAACUCUGCUGUUUAGCUUCAGGCUUGUUAUAGUUUAGUAGCAGACUGUAAAGUAGCUUGGCUCUAUCUUGGUCAUAAUUCACUGGAUCACCUUAUAGUUUGCUUUUAUCUAUAAAGGGAUACUUUUGGAUUUUGCGAAUCAGGUUUUUCCUCUUCUUCUGCUCUCGAUUAAAAACGCACAUGGUGUCCUUUUACCCUGACAUGGAUCAGCUGUCAUCACAGCUGCAGAAAUGUCACAAUGUCAUAUUUUUUUAAUUGAACCUGACUGCAGAAUCCAAAUUAAACCCAGUGUAAACCUUAUUUCCCAGUAUCAUUAUUUCAGAUCUCUCCAAUGGGAUUUAUUAGUUCAUCCUUUGUUUCCUCAGUUAUGGUUUGAGCUGGCAUUUUAGCGUGCAGUCAGGACACAACUCUCAACUUUUGUGCUCAACAGUGGAGUGGGUUUGAAAGGCCACAAGGUUCUGUGUGUGUGUGUGUGUGUGUGUGUGUGUGUGUGUGUGUGUGUAAUAAUAAUAAUAAUUUGCACAUAAUGAGGCCCGAAACACAUUUUAACCAACAGAGUGAGGACAUGUUGGGAAAGUGAGAACAUCUUUGUUAGUCUUCACUUCUUCAAACACUUCACUUUUUCUGUUUGAGGGUUAAGACUUGGCUUUAAGGUUCAUGUUAUUGUAAAGGAUGGACACUUUAAGGAACAUCCAUGUCAAAGUCCUAGCUAUAGAUUAUUAAGAGUACUUGAGUACUUCCUUAAAAAAAUCUAAUGUAAGAAUAGGAAAGUAAAUUGGCCAACAACAAAAAACAAAUGCAAUUUUAAAUGUAUUUAUUCACUCUAUUAAACUAUAAAUUUAAAGUUAACAUGAUAAAAAUCAGCAAACUUUCUGUUGCUGCUGUGACAUAGGUUAGACAUUGUGCUGAAGGACUGUCCUCAAGCUUUUGUCCUACUAGUCAGUUCGACGUCUGCCCAGUUUAGCACAAACUAACAUCUGACUUCGAGCCGUUUAAUGGUCCCAACAAACUCACACUGACACUGAAAUGGCUUGACUCAGUCCCAUUAAUAACUGUUACUGACUCUUACUGUUACUAAUGUUAGCUGUGUAAAGCUAUCACUGUGUGUGUGUGUGUGUGUGUGUGUGUGUGUGUGUGUGUGUGUGUGUGUGUGUGUGUGUGUGGACCUCAUGGGCGGAGCUCACAUUCCCACAGCAGUAGUUUAAUGAUAAAUGCAGGAAGGAAGGAAACGACAGCAGGGCAAGGAUGCAAGUACUGUCGUCCAAAUUAGUACUUAAGUACUCACGCCCAUUUCUAGUUGCAGCUAGGUUUAGGUAAGGGUAAGGGGCUAGGGAAUGCAUUAUGUCAAUGAGGGUCCUCACAAAGGUAGAAGUACAAGAAUGUGAGCGUGUGUGUUUGUGCGUUGGGGUCUAUCGUUGGUUUGCCUUUCUGGUGAUGUUGGCGUGAAGUUAUUUUAAUAAUAGGGUCCUGGGAGAGUUGUACUGUUGCAGCCUUACGCGUUACAGUGGUGACCUGUUAAUGAUAUCACUGAUGCCUCAUUAACACUGAGUGUGUGGGUUUUCCUUUAGAUAUUGUCUACAGAUUUUAAUCACAGUUCUCACUAUUGAAAUUAAACUAUUAAAAGCUGUUUAGAUACAUUUCAGUGCAUCUGUGAGGAGAUGUGUUUGGUGUUACCUCAGCUUUCCUGAGCCAUUUAAACAGUCUGUUAGCAAUUCUGCAUAGUACUCGAGUACAGCAGAGUAUCAGGAUAUCUGCAACCUACGAUUAAUCUAUUUAUCUAUGUAUUAAUUCACCUUCCUAUAAAGUGCGUUUAGACUUGGAUCAGGUUUAUUUGAAGUUUAAUCGGCUUGUUGAGUAACCAUAACGUUACAGAGUUAAUCUGAGUGCAGGGGUUUAUCACUGGAAUAGAGUGGGGUUUUUUUAGACACAAAAACAUGGGAGACUAAGGUCCAGGUUGAAAAAUCCUUAAGAUACCCUUAAACAUCAUUCUCAAAUGUGUCACACUGGUGUGGACGUUAUUGAACGUGUAAUUUCUGCCGGCCAAUAAGUUACAAUCAUGUCACAACAUAUACACACAAUGGAAGCUGAAUCUCAAAUUACAUAUACUCAAGAAAUCAUGAUUUUCAUUUAAUGGAACUAAAUUUACUUCUAUCAGACAUUUUCAGCCUAACAUGUAGAGAAGAUGAGAUACAAAGUUCAUGCUAACCAACAACUUGCUUUGUGAGCGACUUUGCACAGCUGUCAAUGUAAAUACUAUUGUGGUACUUGGUUUAUGUUUAUGGAAAGUUACAUCAGGAAACUCGGCACAGCAGGCGGCAGCAUCUGAUUUUGUAGUAUCUCUUGUGGUGUUUUUAGUGUUCAUAAAUCAAUUUUCUUUUAAAUAAUGUGUUGUCAGCUGAUCACUCCAGUGUCAUAGCAGUGUACUCACUCUCUGUUUCAUGUUACAUGAACUGUCCAGCCUUUCAAAUGGCCAGAAGGAUUUCCAUUGCUCGUCUUGCAGCUCAACCCUGUGACUGUGUUGUCAAGUUUUCAUUUUGGCAAAAUGACUGAACCAUAUUUCGGGAUUUUGUGUUUUAAGCUUUAGUAGAUUUUUAUCUAUUUUCUAAUUAUUUUAAAGAGUUUUGCUUUUUAUGUUGAUCUGAUUUGACGUCAGAAUGAUUCAUCUAUUUAUUUGACUCUGUGUUGAAUGAUGCUGCUGUCCAUUCCUGCUUAUUAUUUAAUCCUCACGCUGGCAUGUUUGAAUUUUUGUUCAAAUGUUUGUGUUUUAAUUUGAACUGUACCCGACUGAGUCUACUAUGUUAACAACUCAUCACUUAUUUGCCUAGUGUUUCAUUCCCUUCAUCAUUAUGUAAUGCUUAUGAUAAACAAUAGUUCACCCAGUAACAUAAUUGUUUGUACUCACCUCCCUAAACUCUCUGUGGUCUCAGAAAAAGUUUUCUAUCGGAGAGCGGAGAUAAGCAAACCAGUGAAAAAAUACUUUGUUGUGGCCAAACAAAAGAGUAAAAUAAUAUAUAAUAUGUCUGAAAAACUGCCUGAAGUUUCCUGUGCAGCAUUAUCCAAGUGUCUUGUAUCCAUUCAUGGGCUUAUGGAAAUCAGAAAACUACAAACCGUUUCUGCUGAACUGUUGCUAAACAAAGUAUUUUUGGAUUAUCCUCCUAUGAAGGGAUUUGGCUGUGUGCAUGCAUGCAUACUUGGAUGAUGCUGCACAGGAAUUUUCCUAACGUUUUUGUACUGUCUAUAGCCCAAGGUUCGCACAAGGUGCUUAAAGUGCUUGGAUUUUAAGGGGAAAAAAUCAAGUGCUAAAAUCACUUGAAAAUGACCCCUUUUUAACAAAGAGCUUAAAAAUCCUUGAAAUUCAAAUAAACCAAAAAAUCCUGACUUAUGUUUCAGCCAAAAUUUGAUAAUGCCUUGCCCAACAUCAUGGUUCAUUUUUACUUCACUUCACUGUUAUAACCCUGGCAAAACCAGAAGGCCGAUGUUGGCAUGACAAAACUUAAUAUGACUCAGCUUGAUGAGCAUCUCACCGUAAUCUGGUUUGCUGUCUCUUCAGCGAUGCUCUGAUGCUAUUGCUCUGCCGAAAACUUGUGAAUGUGAUUAGUAACUUUUCACUGAAAAGAGACACUGAUCACAUAAUUUAUGUUUGAGCAUGACGUCCUUAAAAAUGAAAAAACAUAGUGCACUGAUCUGAUUCAACUAUUUGGAUGUUCCACUCUCCGUAACAUUUUUCAGUGGAGUUUAGAGAGACGAGUACUGUACACAAUGUCUAAUGUUUUUGGUUGAACUAUUGGUUGAGUAUGUUUACAUGCACGAAAUAUUCCAGUUUUUGCCCUUAUUACGAAAAAGACAAUAUUCCUACCAAGCUGUUUACAUCACUAGUGAAAAAGAAUAUUCCACUAAUAGUCCCGUUUACAUGCAGCCGUGCAUACUCACAUUAACAUGUCCUAACGUAAUUUAUCACGUCGAAAUAUAGAUAAGUGGAACCGCUGAAUCAUUUUGCUUCUUCGCAUCGAAAUAGGAUGCAAAGGAGCAAACUUCGGGGUGGACUUGUUCGACCGUACGGCCGUGGCCUCCGUCUUUGAUUUAGUGGGCAAUGCAGGCAAGAGGCUGUGUGUCACCAACUGAGAUACAUAUUCCAAAUACAUGUCCAAAGAAUACUGUUUAACUCCGAAUAAUACCAGCAGAUCCCAUCAGAAAAUGUUAAUUUUGGAAAAAGACAGGAUAUGCUGUCAUAUUCGGAGUAAUAGUGGAAUAUUAGUGUGCAUGUAAAUGUAGUCGCUGAUGGGAGUUUGCUCACUUGAAAGCUCCAGAAAAGGCGAGAAAGUGGUCCUUGAGUCAAGAUUAUUUUGGCAAAUUUAAGCUCUGCCUUAGUUUUGACACCAGUUUGAAUCAGAGAGUGUUUGUUGAGCUCUGUGUAUCACACUCCAGAAAUAAAGGAAGUAGAUCCACAAAACUGCGCUGUGCCCUAAAUUCAUACACUGGAUAUGAAGAUUUUUUGAAAGGUUUCAUCAGUGUAUUUGUUUAAUUAUUGAUGCUUUUCUAUUGUUUUACUUCAAAAGGACUUUUAAAAUGAUUCAGUCUACACACCCAGCCUCCAUUCAUGUUUCUGCUUGUGACUGAAUAUAUAUUGUUUGUCUUUAUGUUUCUGUGUCAUGUUCAACAAAGCGAAAAAGCACUGUUACACUCGUCAAAUGAAGAUAUUGGCCAUUAGUUUUGUAUUGGAUUUCGGCCAGCUGGCAUCAUUCCUCCUGAUCACAUUCUGAAAACCAGUGUGGGAAAUAGUUUUCUCUGGGCAUUUCAGUUUGAUUGUUCGGUGACACUUGAUAAAUUAAUUGUUCAUUUAAAGGCCGAGGUAGUGCAUCCUCUACUGAAGAAACCUCAUGUAGGUUCUUUUAAGGUGCUUCAGAGGCAUCAGAAAAAAAAAGUUUCAUCAUUCUGAUUUUAAAACACUUGAUAACUGACAAAUCUGCAUCUGUGUGGCAGCCUGACAGGAGAGGAAAAUCUAUAAAUAUUUUUUUGUAAAUUGCCACUUACUUGCACUUUGGUGUAUCAUUGCUGUCUAUAACCUUUUACGCUUGUUCACACUCUGAAUUUCUAUGGUGGAGGUGUUAAAUGGGGAGUAUUAUUUUGGAUUUUUUCUUUGACAGAAUGGGUUCGGCUUUAUAUGAAUUAAAUGUUCACUCAAAUAAAAUAUAUGCUGUGAUUGUU